GCCUAGCGCCGUGUACAGUAUGCCUUCAUUACUGGCUGCCCGCCCGCCUCCGAGACCCUAGGCCCAGCCCUUCUGUCUCGCUUCUCCUCCUUCCCCUUCCCACUGUGCCGUGCCCGUCUUCUCGGAUCGGCUCAAGGUGCGUUUCGUUCAUGCACUCUUUCUUUCAUCAUCACCACCUCCAGCACGGCACAUCACAGCACGGCACAGCACAGCACAGCACAAUACCGCAGCACACCGCCCACGAUACCGGGGACAUCGCUCACGGCUCAUCGAUUGCGGUCAACAGACUCCUUCCCGUAGCAGCUGCCGCCGCUGAUCUUGAAGUCACGCUCCCGAUCACGGCUGCAUCAGACUCGCACUAGACUGAUGGGCUUCUGUCUCCUCGGGGCCCGCUGGCGGUGCUAACACGGAAGCCGGGAGAAGUCGAGGUCGAGGGCGAGUGCGACUCAACAGCCGCCGGUCACGCCCUCGAUGCCAGCCUCACCAUGGACGUCCCAGACUCAUGGCUCUUCGAGCCUCCCAUAUCGGAGCCACCAGCACCACAGCCCACCAUGUCGCCGUCGGCACCGAAUGCCGUCCCCGUCGACGAGGUGCCUCCGCCGCCGAUGACAGCGUCCGAGUUGGAAUCUGCUGCGUCGAGGCCCAUGACCCCGACGCCUCUCCGCGUACGCCGUCGGCGGAACCAUGUCCGGCACCAGCAUCCCUACCGCAACGACGGCUCCGCUCCCUUGAUGGCGUCUCAACAGCCCAUUGAGUCCCUCGCUCGAAAACUAAGUCAGCAAACUUUGAUGGCCCGCCGAGACCAGGACCAUGACUCGUCAGAGCGAAUGCCCACGACAUUGAUGGCGGCGUCUCUCACGGAGGACAGCAUGCAAGGCCACGAGCCGGCGCGCUAUGACGACUCGGCCAUGGAAAUUGACCCCGUAGAAGCAGACGACCUUGAGCCCCUCCGGUUGCCGUUGCCUCGCAGUGUCGAGAUGAUGAGGCGUCGACGGAUGUUGUCUCGCCGCCAGGUGCCAUCCUCCGCCAGACGAGGACCGGAUGUUACUGCUAAGAUGCCUGAGCCUGUCGAGGCUCUUCCACUCUUGUCACGAUCAAUUUCGGAUCUCGCCAUGAAGUCGAUUGAGCCAGACUCCUUGCCCCCAGUUGGGACAACUAAAGACGAGACCAUCGAUGCUCUCGACCCCAUCGAGACUCUUCUUCCACCACGCCGGGCUGCUCGUUCUACUAUCCCUGCGACAGAGGAGUUGUAUUAUCGGACGGAGGGCGUGAGACAUCCUCACCCUUACAGCACCACGAAUGCUACCGAGCCGCUCGAGCCCAUUGAACCUACGCUCCCAUCACGGAAACCCACCAGAUCCCUCGAGGCGCUUGUCAUGCGCCCACUGCCCGGCACCUGGCGAGACCAUCCCCCAAUCGAGGCCCUCUCGAAAGACAGCGCUACUGUACCUGAGCCUGAAGCAGACGAAGGGUUUUGUGACGGCGCGGAUGAGCUGUCGUGGCUGAACGAUUGCGGCUCGUCGCUCGCAGGACCGUCUAGGCUGAUACAAAGCAAUGGUGUUCUGCGUUUCAAGAGAUCGUCAGAGGCAGCCAUGCAAUGCUCUGUCGUUGUGCAGAAGACGGCGCGGAUGCGGAGGAGACGGCAACGGAAGCAAGAGGUCAGGUCACGGGCCUCAUCCUUGAUUCCCACCUCGUUCAUGGACUGCCCCGACGUGCCCGUGCCCUAUCUUAACCAAGGGGGGCCGGCUCUUGCAGUGGACAAGGAAAGCGCAGAGCCUCGCUUGGAUUACGACGGUAUUCGCUAAGCACAUUACCAAAACUCUGUACAGCAUCGGGACGCAUCAGGCCCCAAUUCUUGGUCCUUUCCUUGCGGGCGCAUGGCCGGGCCUCCUUGUCUUUUCCCGUUUUUUAGCAUUGUGCCUUGCACUUGAGAUCACUAUACCCGGCGUUUGGUAUUCUGGAUGGAUCCGGCUUCCUUUGUCGCCGUCGUCGAGUACUUACGGCCGGACCGGACUCACAGAGGAUAUUCUGGCUCGAGACCGUGCCGUCGUCGUACUUGUCUUCGCACGACGGAGACUCCGGAUUGGGAUGGCCGCACGGCAUCCGCGGGUCGGGACGUGGUCGCCCUUCCCGUUGCGGCCCUGGGCUCAAGGGGGCGGGCGGGGACUUGUCAGGGCGAGGAGAGAUGACCAACUUGGACGAUGCCAUGACGUGUUUGGCCUAGGGAGGGCAUUGUUUGUUGUAUGUACGUGUACAUUUAGCCACAAGACUGGCAGAGGGUGGACUCGGGCGGAACCACAAGAAGUGUUUGAUUCUCAGCGCGGUGACGCAGAAGCGAGCUCCACACUUCCUCGCCGGCCUUUCCAGAAGCGGCGGCGUUUGAAGAAACCCGUGACAUCCGAUGAACAAGAUGUCCGUUGCGAAUGGUGCCAAUCUGUCCCUGUUUGCAUGGCUGUUCGUUGGGUCGGGCGUAUCGGUGUCUGCUCCCUCCCUCCUUCAUGACCCUGGAGUUGGUUG